AUGUCAGUUUAUUCGGAUAUACUUUUUAAAAUUCUGAAAGGAAUCAUCACCUCAAGGUAAAGAGUGUAAGGCUUCCAAAAGAAUUUCAGGUAUCUCCCAACAAAAAAAGAUAUUUUAUCUGAUCAUUGUAAUUAAUUAAUUGAGAUAUUUUAAUUUCAAUAAUUGUGUUUUGUAUAUAAAAAUAAUUCAAGAUUAAAGAAGACAUUUACUUCUUCCAUCAACAUCUUAAUGAGACAUAAAAACUAAUUUUAGUUGAAGAAUGGAAAAACUUAAAGUAUUUAUUCGACUGAAUCAACAAUUUAAACUCCAUCUAGAUAAUUGUCACCUAAAUCACCAUAGAUUUGGACUUCAUCUGCCUUAUCGUAUUCAAGUAAUAUCCAUCAAAUUAUUUUAUAGAUUUGCCUAUAUAAUCUGAUGCAUAAUAUUAAGCAAAAAUUAAAGAGCUUUUAGAAGAAAAUUAAAAGUUGAUUUAGAAAAGCUCUGUGCAAGAUUUAAUCAUUAAUAAAUUAUAACAAAUAGAAGAAUAGGAACCAAUACGAUCCAGCAGAGUUAAUACUUUAAAUAAUGUUCGAAAUAAUGAUAGAAAAUAAAUCAUUAAAAUUUAAAAACCUAUUUAUACAAGAGAAGCAGAAAGCAAAGAUGAUAAAAUGCUAUUUACUUUCUUUAGUCCAGAACCAAAUCAGAAAACUAGUGUAUGUAAACUUCCAAAAGUGUUUUAAGUAGUACCUAAGAAAAGAAAAUAUUUUAUAUGA